CCACUACGUCACAGCCAAAGUGGGCCAUUCAGGCAACAACAACCACAUCUCUCGACAUUUCGCACACUUGGCUCCUUCUUCGACACGACAAUGCAGUCACAAUCCCAGGCCCAGACGACACCAGCGUCCUCAUCCUCGACCCCACCAUCACCGCCAUCAGCAGAACCCACCGCGAUCACCCUCCUGUCCCGAUUAUGCCCGACAACCACCUCGGCCCUCGACCUCCAUCACGUGCCAAAUGACAAGGCGGUAUUCUCGUGCGCAAAGUGCUCCGAGGUGCUCGCGCUACAGGACGAACUCGUCUCCAAGGCGUUCAUGGGCCGCUCGGGGCGUGCGUACCUUAUGAACUCUACGAUCAACACGCGCCUCGGCAAGCGAGAGGAGCGCAAGCUGAUGACUGGAAAGCACACGGUCGCCGACCUGCACUGUGCGUCGUGCGGCCAGGAGCUGGGGUGGAUGUACAUCAAGGCGCCCAAUGGCGAACAGCGCUACAAGGAGGGCCGCUACAUUCUCGAGGAUGCACAGAUCGUCAAGGAGAACAACUGGUAGAGCUGUGCUGCGGUACUGCUUGCCUGCCGGCUGCUAGCCGCCGGCCGCCGCUGUCCCCGCGAGGACGGAGAUUCCUCCGUCUUCACUCGCUACCCCCUGGCGCAGCUCCUGUAUCAUCCACAGCCACACCCGACACGUUGUAAGCCCCCACUCCCUUGUACACCAGGGCAUUGUACCUCAUCUUAUGCCUAUGCACCGGCAG